AAAAAAGCAAAAGCAAAAGCACAAACAUACCAUUCUGGCAUUCUCUAUUUCUUUUCUCUCUCCACAAUUCUCCUCUUUAUCUUUCAUUUCUUUCUUUCUCUUUGAGGUGAAGAGAGAGAGAGAGAGUGACUGUGUGUAUGCUUGAUUUGAUGCAAAUGAAGAAAGGGUUUCUGCCAAACCCAUUUUUUGAUCGUCACUGAACUUCUUCUUCGUCUUCUUCUUGUUAAGCUCUCUUUUUUGCAGAGUUUAAGCGUUCAGAUCUGAGGAUUUGAAGAUUUCUCUGCAAGUAGGCUUGGGUUUUUAAAAUCCUUUGAAUCCAAACUCGGUUUAAUACCUGGAUCAUCAAAACACCAAACUUUUCAACUUCAACUUGAAAAGAUAUAUUCUUUUUGAGAUUUGGGCAGUCUCUCUCAAUUGAACCCACAAGAUGCAGAGGCCUCCGCCUGAGGAAUUUGUAUUGAAGGAGACCAAACCCCAUCUGGGAGGGGGAAAGGUCACUGGUGACAAGCUCACGAGCACCUAUGAUCUUGUUGAACAGAUGCAAUAUCUCUAUGUCCGGGUUGUUAAGGCCAAGGACUUGCCUGGGAAAGAUGUUACAGGUACCUGUGACCCUUAUGUGGAAGUUAAGCUUGGAAACUAUAAGGGUACCACUCGGCAUUUUGAGAAGAAGUCCAAUCCUGAGUGGAACCAGGUGUUUGCAUUCUCAAAAGAUCGUAUUCAGGCCUCAGUGCUUGAGGUAACUGUCAAGGAUAAAGAUCUUGUGAAGGAUGAUUUCAUGGGUCAUGUUUUGUUUGAUUUGAGUGAGAUACCAAAACGUGUACCACCAGAUAGUCCAUUGGCACCACAGUGGUAUAGAUUGGAGGAUAGGAAAGGAGAUAAAGUUAAAGGGGAAGUGAUGUUAGCUGUAUGGAUGGGUACACAGGCGGAUGAAGCUUUUCCAGAUGCUUGCCAUUCUGAUGCAGGUUCUGUAAGUGGAAUGGAUAGUCUUGCCAAUAUUCGUUCAAAGGUAUACCUCUCCCCGAAACUGUGGUAUUUGAGGGUCAAUGUAAUUGAAGCUCAAGAUCUCCAACCAAGUGAUAAAGGUCGGUAUCCAGAAGUGUUUGUGAAGGCUAUCCUGGGAAAUCAAGCCUUGAGAACAAGAAUUUCUCCUAGUAGGAGUAUCAAUCCUAUGUGGAAUGAGGACCUUAUGUUUGUGGCGGCAGAACCAUUUGAGGAGCAUUUGAUAUUGAGUGUGGAAGAUCGAGUUGCACCUAACAAGGAUGAAGUGUUGGGGAGGUGUGCAAUUCCUUUGCAGUAUGUGGACAGGAGGCUUGACCACAGACCUGUUAAUACAAGGUGGUUUAAUCUGGAGAAACAUGUUGUUGUAGAAGGGGAAAAGAAGAAAGAAAUUAAGUUUGCCAGCAGGAUUCACAUGAGAAUCUGUCUGGAGGGUGGUUAUCAUGUUCUGGAUGAAUCAACACACUAUAGUAGCGAUCUUCGACCUACAGCCAAACAGUUGUGGAAGCAGAGUAUUGGGGUACUUGAAUUAGGUAUCCUCAAAGCACAGGGAUUGAUGCCCAUGAGGACAAAGGAUGGUCGGGGAACAACUGAUUCGUACUGUGUGGCGAAGUAUGGCCAGAAGUGGAUUCGUACACGUACCAUUAUAGACAGUCUCAUGCCCAAAUGGAAUGAGCAAUAUACCUGGGAGGUUUUUGAUCCCUGUACUGUCAUAACCAUUGGGGUAUUUGAUAACGGUCAUUUACAUGGAGGGGACAAGUCUGGAGUGGCCAAAGAUGUGACGAUUGGCAAGGUGCGAAUCCGUCUUUCCACACUUGAAACUGAUCGGGUUUACACGCACUCUUAUCCUCUCCUGGUCCUGCAUCCUAGUGGUGUCAAGAAGAUGGGAGAAAUUCAUUUGGCAGUGCGUUUCACAUGCUCAUCUUUGCUCAAUAUGAUGCACAUGUACUCGCAACCUUUGCUGCCAAAGAUGCACUAUCUCUAUCCACUUACAGUUAGCCAGCUUGAUAGUUUGAGGCACCAGGCCACUCAGAUUGUGUCCAUGAGGCUGAGCAGAGCAGAGCCACCAUUAAGGAAGGAGGUUGUUGAAUACAUGCUGGAUGUGGGAUCUCACAUGUGGAGCAUGAGAAGAAGCAAAGCUAACUUUUUCAGAAUCAUGGGGGUUUUUGGUGGGUUAAUCGCAGUUGGCAAAUGGUUUGAUCAGAUUUGUAAUUGGAAAAACCCCAUCACUACAGUGCUGAUUCACAUAUUGUUUAUAAUACUAGUUCUCUACCCAGAGCUUAUAUUACCAACAAUCUUCCUGUAUCUCUUCCUGAUUGGUGUUUGGUAUUACAGAUGGAGGCCAAGGCAUCCUCCUCACAUGGACACUCGUCUUUCACAUGCAGAGUCUGCACAUCCUGAUGAGCUAGAUGAAGAGUUUGAUACAUUCCCAACUUCUCGGCCUUCUGAUAUUGUAAGGAUGAGAUAUGAUCGGUUGAGAAGUAUUGCUGGGAGGAUUCAGACUGUGGUUGGAGAUUUGGCCACUCAAGGGGAGAGACUGCAAUCUUUGCUGAGCUGGCGAGAUCCAAGGGCCACAGCUCUGUUUGUGAUUUUCUGUUUGGUGGCUGCCAUUGUUCUGUACGUUACUCCUUUCCAAGUUGUAGCACUUCUCACUGGAUUUUAUUUGUUGAGACAUCCCAGGUUUCGCCACAGGCUUCCUUCAGUGCCACUCAAUUUCUUCCGACGGUUGCCAGCAAGAACUGAUUGCAUGUUGUGAGCAAAAAGGGAUUUAUCUGCAUUUCUGUUUAGCAUUUUAUUGGAUUGUUAAGUCAGUGAACAAGACGCAGAAAGUAAUGGAGCUUGUUUGCUUUCUAUGUUUACCAGCGGAAGUUGGUUCUGGUAUGAUGUGUAAGCUUCCUCUGAAGGUAGUAGAUUUUGUGGAUUUUCUGGUCAUUUUAAGUUAUUUAAUAGAUUUCCUGUUUUAAGCUUUGAGAUUUAUGAUAAUCAAUUUGCGAGCAUUUGUAAUUUUGUAGGUUGUUAUUGGAAUUUAACCUUUGAUGAUCA